AACCUGUAUGGGUGCGGUUGUAUACAAUCUGGGUCACGGCACUGAUACGGUUAGGAGAUCGCACACAAAUGAUUUCGCAAUGAGGAGAGGCAUGUCGUGUGUUUUUCGAAGGGGAUUUAGAACUGAACUGGUCAAGUUGACGAUGGACACAAUGACACUGUGAUUCAAGUACAGAACGUCAGUGCAAAACAAUACCCAGGCUUGACUACCUUCAGAAAGAUUCCUUUUUGUGUAAAGGGAAUAAUAGCGAUGAAAAUAAUAUGAAUGGAUCGCUGAAAGCUAUUUUAAGAACAAGGAAUCCAACAAGGGUAAUACCAGAUUUUCAGGACUCAGCCUUACACCAAGGUAGAUCAACGGGACCUUAUUUUGUCAAGGUGAACGCAUGACGUCAAAAAACAUCACUAAGGACUGCGGAUCAUCACUAAAUCAUCGAUAUGAAACGGUUAUUACGACAUUCAAGAUUAACUCUAAACACACGUCUUCGAAUAUGUUUCUUCUGUCUCAUACUAUUCGCUGGAGGCCUAUUUCUGGAAAUAUUUAAUGUGUCAGAAGUUUCAGACAACGAAUAUAUUCAUAUUUUCGACGCUGGAAAGGCUCCAAACUCCUCACAUAAAACCAUCCUUUUGUGGACGUCGCUAUUCGACAACAGCACGUGGACACUGCCAAAUUUAAACAUACGUAGCUGUCCAAAUUAUUACCCAAGUAAAUGUGACCUGACAACCGAUCGAACGCGCCUCGUCUCAAGCGAUGCGUUGUUAUUUCACAUUGGGGACGUAUAUAAACUGCCUUCGAUUAGACGGUCCGAUCAUAUCUGGGUUAUUUUCAAUAUGGAGGCUUUACCAAACAUAAGGCAAAGUUUCAAACAUUUUAAUGGCCUUUUCAAUUGGACAAGCUGGUAUAGGACGGAUUCGACUGUACCUAUGUCAUAUGGCUAUGCUUUAAAGCGGUCUAUAAGAGACACAGAAGCACCUUUAGAUAUAUUCGCUGAGAAAUCCAAGAUGGUGUUUUGGGCUGCUAGCAAUUGUGACGACCGAGUUCAGCGAUACAAGAUGGUGAACGAACUGAAACAAUAUGUCGAUGUGGAUACGUAUGGUCGAUGUGGGGAACUGGUUUGUGACAAGACAGAUAAAAAGUGUUUUGAGAAGCUGGCGGAAUACAAGUUCGUACUUUCUUUCGAGAAUAGCCACUGUCGUGAUUACGUUACAGAGAAGUAUUGGUUGGCGUUGAGGAGGCGACAGAUUCCUGUCGUAUAUGGCGGGGCUGAUUACGAAUCGUUGGUACUCCCGAACUCUUACAUCAACGUCCGGGAUUUCGCCAACCUAUCAUCACUUGCGACUUAUAUGCUUGACGUCGCUGAGAACAGAACGUUAUAUAACAGCUAUUUUGAUUGGAUGAGGGAUUAUGAAUUGCCCCCCUGCAAUCAAGAGUUGAAUGAGCACUGUUUUGAUAUGGAGUCGUAUUUCUGUUCCCUGUGUGGAGCUCUGCAUGAAAGGACUGUACCGUCUCAAGUGUACAGCAACUUGCAUAGGUGGGCUACAGAUGACCUACCACAGUGUGAGGAGUUUUCAUAUUUCAGGUGGAUCAUCUCAUGGAUACUACCGUUCAUGUAGCUUGUGCCGUGAUGAGGACCCUGGAAUAGAUGGCAGUGCAAUUGGGGAUUCCAGACAAGACAUUCUCAGAAUUAUUUGAUUCAGAGCUUUCCUUGGCCACCAGUGUGGACAAAAAGCAUGGAACUGUUGCACAACCAUAGUGUCACACAUACUGAUCUAUUUAUUCUUAAUUUAAAAACAAUCACUCGAAUCUCAUUAAAAAGAUCAUUUUCAUCUAAACUAGCACACGGCAGUAACCCCAUCAACACCAAAAUCAUCAGUGACAGCAACAGCCUCAUCAGCACCAACACUAUCAUCAACAACUACAUCUUU